AUGGUUUUCGGCGAUCUCAAGCGAUCAGAGGGUUUGGAAUGCCUCAAUGCGUUUCUUCUUACUAGAAGUUAUAUUGAAGGGUUCCAGCCAUCAAAAGCAGACGCCGUUGUUUUUGAUGCAGUUGCAGAUGCCCCUGAUGCCAAGUACUUAAACGUUCUUCGUUGGUACAAUCACAUUAAUUCAUUUGGAGACGAGCGUAAAAGGUUUCCAGGGGAGGCUAAAGAUGUGAAUUCUUACGGUCCCCUCGAAGUACCUACUUCUGCAACGAAUGGGGAGAAGGAUGAGGACAGUGAUGAUCUUUUUGCAUCUGAUGAUGACGAGGAGGUGGAAAAGCGUCAUGCCGAAUGCAUUGCCGCCUACAACGCCAAGAAGGCUGCGAAAGCUGAUAAACCCAUUGCCAAGUCUAUGAUUAUUCUCGAUGUGAAGCCUUGGGAUGACGAGACCGACAUGCUUGCUCUAGAAGCAGCCGUCCGCAGCAUCCAAGCUGACGGUCUUCUCUGGGGAACAUCAAAAUUGGUCCCACUUGUGCAAAAUCUCAAGAAACUUCAAAUCACUUGCGUUGUUGAGGAUGAUAAGGUUGGAACCGAUUUCCUUGAAGAAGAGAUUUCGAAGUUCGAAGACUACGUUCAGUCUGUUGAUAUCGCUGCCUUUAACAAAUUGUAA